AUGCAUUUGGACGAGCUUUUACAGAUUAUCGGAGAAUUUGGGACUUUUCAGAAAAGGCAGUAUUUUCUGGUAUGUCUCGUAGGACUGUAUACUGCGUUACCAAUACUUUGUUCGGUGUUCCUCGCAGCAACGCCCAAACACAACUGUAAAAUCCCAGCCGAAUACGUAUCGAGCGCUGAGAGGGUCUACGGAAACCUUUCUCACGAGGAGCUGCUGAACCUGACCAUCCCAUGGGAAGAAAAAGACGGCGAACUGACCAGAAGCAGUUGUAAGCUGAAAUCAUGGGACAGAAAUGCCUCCAUUGUGGACAUUGGUAAUAAUACAGCAAGUGUCAAAUGUCCUCAGGGACUGGACUACAGUCAAGAAAUCUAUACUUCUACGGUGAUGUCGGAGUUUGACCUGAGCUGUGGCAACGAAUGGCUGGUGAGCACAAGUCAGUCCGUAUUCUUUGUCGGGAAACUGGUGGGGGACGCUUUAUCCGGGAUAAUAAGUGAUCGGUUCGGGAGACGACCCACGUUUUUGGUUGCAAUUAUUCUCUCGGCAUCUGUGGGGAUCCUCACCGCCCUUUCUCCCAAUAUGAUAGUAUACAUAGUGUCUCAAGGUUUACAGGGAUCACUCAGCGGCUGUAUAUUCCUGACCACAUUCACUUUAGGAGUUGAAUUCGUGGGCCCAAGCAAACGCAAUUUUGCUGGUUUUGGGGUAAUGUAUUUCUUCAGCAUCGGUUACUUCUAUAUCGUACUGUUUGCCUACUUCAUAAGAAACUGGAGACACCUUGCUCUAGUGCUGUACGUGCCUGCAUACCUGUUUGGACUGUAUUAUUUCAUUCUUCCCGAAUCUUUCCGAUGGCUGUUGUCAAGACGCCGCACCGAAGAAGCAGAGAAAUUGAUCCGAUCAGUUUCUAUGACAAAUAUCAACUCUGAGCCUGAUGAUGAGACCAUUAAGUCUGUGAUAGAGGACAAAGAAGAGACGAGUGUCUCCUCUCGAACAUAUACCCCUAUAGACAUGGUGCGGACUUGGAAACGAGCCGCACUGACGGCAAAUGUGUGCUUCAACUGGUGA